CUGUGUGUGUUGCGUAUGAGACAGUACGCAUGCGCUCUCACCCUCGGACAUUUGGGUGAGACAUGCAGCGAGAUACGCACUCUCGGGAAAUUGUGGAGUUUUUUUGAUCAUCCAUGGAUCAGAGUCAACACACAAAGAUACAAAAAGAGUUACCAGACAUCAACUAAUCUCAUUUCAGAAAUCCAAAACCUUUCUAAGAAUGGAAAGCAGUAAGGUCGUCUCAACUGACAAACCUACAGUUGUCAUCGAAGUAAAUCCACAGGUGAUACAAGACACUGUUAUUUUUGUUGAUGGUCAUGAGGCCGGAGGAAAAAAUCACAAUACGGCUCUUAAAGGAUUUUUCAAAGCACAACCAAAGGCACUGGGGACUGUCCAGAUAAUGAUUGGAGCGAUGUGUGGUGAAAGCAUCUCUUGGAAUAAAUGUGUUCAGUGCCAUAACCGCAGGGAUGGCCAUUCUUCUGAUGGGCAUACAGUUAGCAUUAAUAUCAAUGGAUCAUCCAAGUUUAUAUGUUGAGGUGAAAACUUUGCCAAGAAUGGAAAGCAGCAAGUUCAUGUCAACUGACAAAGCUACAGUUAUCAUCCAAGUAAAUCCACAGGUGAAACAAGAUAAUGCUAUUUGUGAUGACGAACAGCAGGCCAGAGGAGCAUAUCACAGUACUGCUCUUAAAGGAUUUUUCAAAGCACAACCAAAGGCACUAGGGACUGUCCAGAUAAUGAUUGGAGUGGUGAUUUUCUUGUUUGGUAUUGUAUGCACCACUAGUAUCAAUACCUUUGAGUCACCCAUUUUUAUCUUUAGUGGCAUCACCUACUGGGGAUCCCUUAUUUACAUCAGUGCUGGCUCUCUGUCUGUUGCAGCGCAGAAAAAACUUCAUCUGUGUGUGGUGAAAGCCUCUCUUGGAAUGAAUGUGAUCAGUGCCAUAACUGCAGCGAUCGCCAUUACUCUGAUGGCCAUAGAGAUACAUCACAUUUCAACGCCCUAUCGAAGAUGCACCUAUAACUACGACUAUAACGACAAUCGUACUGACACUGUCAUUUGUUCAAAAUUGAAGAGCAAUAAUAUGGGGAUCACUGGAGUAUUGCUGGUGUUCUCCAUCCUCCAGUUUAUCAUUUCCAUCUUUAUCUCAGGAUUUGCCUGCAAAGCCACCUGCAACACCGACUCUACAGUGGUCAAUGUGGCACUAAACCAGGGAUACUGAGUCACAAUGAGGAGAUCCUACUGUCCAAAAGUUGCAAGGAACUAAUAACUCGUAUUGUUGUUUCUGAUAACUUACGCCAGUUUUUUUAUA